AAAUUAUUCAUCCUAGUCACAGUAGAUUAUAGAUAGAUUCCUUAUCCUAACUUUUACAAAAGCAAAGCUAUCCAAUCUAAUCCAAUUCAGCGACCAAAUUGAGCAGGGUGAACACAAAGCCACAAAGAUCAAGUGACGGAGCUGAGAACCCUCAACGUGAUAAGUGGCAAGAAAAAGAGGAAAAGGGAGAAAAGAUCAUAGAACGUCGAAGAAAGGUAUGGGGUCUUUGAGUUUGACGGGUUUCAGUUUGAAUCUGAAGCCAUCUGUACCCCAAGGCCCUGGCUUGUUCAGAUCAGGGCUACCGCCAAGGAAGGUGAUGCAGCAGCAAGUAGAGAUCAGGAGGGUGAAAGCUACGAGCGGAGGAGCUAAGUACAAGGGGACGUACAUGAGGGAGAAGCAGCUGGAGGAGAUGAUAGAGAAGAUGGUGAAGGAAGCCAAGGAGGUGUGUGGCGAGGACGAAACGUCCGACGAGUGCAAGGUGGCAUGGGACGAGGUGGAAGAGGUGAGCCAAGCCAAAGCCGAUCUCCGCCUCAAGCUUGAGAAACAGCAAGAUCCCCUCGAGUCCUUCUGUCAAGACAACCCUGAAACUGAUGAGUGUCGCAUCUAUGAACAUUGAUUAUAUUGUUGAAGUUCUGCACUCACUGGUUCCGCAUCUGUCUUAAUUUUAAUUUAUCACUGUACUUGUAGCACCACCAUAUAACCAUAUUUGAUGUAACACAACAAAUGUGUUUGUUUGAUAAUACUAUCUAUUCAAGCAAAAGCAGUUGCCCCCUUUUUUUUAGCACUCAA